AUGGAGCCAUCUAGCUCUACCGCCGGCUUCUUCCAAAGCCCACCGGUCAUCCCUCCCUCGAUCGAAGACGAUAGCAUCUUCCGUCGCGUGGUUUCCCUUCACCUUCCAAACCCUAUUCCGCAACAUCUGUACCAAGACCUCACGCAGUUCUCCAACUUGGUGCUUUCCAAGCCGAUCCAGUCGCACAUCGCUGAUGCAGAGCGUAACUUGCCAUCUGUGAAGCCUCUUACAACUUUUGGUGUGGAAAACAAGCAAGAUUCUCUAUUUACCGGUGAAGGUUGGCGGACGCUUCAAGAUAUCGGCAUCAAAGAGGGAAUCGUUGCGAGUGGCUAUGAGAAAGCAAGUGGUGGAGACCUUUGGAAUAACCGGGUAUACCAAAGCUUGAAAUUUUUCCUCUGGGUACCAAGCGCAGCGAUGGUGACGUGUCCCAGUGCGAUGACGGAUGGAGCAGCUUGCUUAUUGGGGAGGCAUCUAGACGGAGAGAAUGGAGAAAUAUUCGCGGAAGCUCGGAGACGACUUACCAGUCGCGACCCGUCCAUUGCGUGGACAAGUGGCCAGUGGAUGACGGAACGUAAGGGAGGGAGCGAUGUCCGUGGCACGGAGACGGUAGCCAGAAAACUUUCAGGGGCGGAGAAACUGGAAACGGACGGCGUGGAUGCCCAUGGUAUGCCGCUGGGGCCGUGGCGCAUUGAUGGGUUCAAAUGGUUUUCAUCGGCGACCGACGCCAAUAUGACCAUACUGCUUGCGAAAACAAGCAAGGAUGGAGCGGUGAGCGCAUUUUACGCCCCGCUACGCAGAAGAGUAAGAGGAGGAAAUAGCGAAACUGAAUUGAACGGGAUCCGGAUUCAGCGACUCAAGAACAAAUUGGGCACCAAGCCCGUACCUACAGCAGAAUUGGAACUCAAAGGCAUGAGGGCAUAUCUAGUCGGAAAGGAAGGCCAGGGAGUCAAAGAGAUCUCUACCCUCCUGAAUAUAACCAGAUUACAAAACGCUAUUGCGGCUGUAAGCUAUUGGGGCCGCGGCUUGGCCAUAUCGAAGGCUUAUGCAAAGGUGAGAGCGGUGAGAAACACGAUGUUGAUGGACAUGCCAGCACAUGUUAGAAAAUUGGCACGAGACCAUGUGAAAUACGCUGCCAACACACACUUGACAUUUCUCGUGGCAGCUCUGUUGGGCGUUUCUGAGGGCCAAGAAAGCGGCCGUACACCCGCAGCCCAAGCGAACAUCGUUCCUCAAACUCCACAGCAGGCGCAUGCCUUAUUGCGCCUUCUUACACCCAUGGUCAAAGCGCAGACAGCGCUUCGAGCAAUUAAGGGAGUACGCGCAUGCAUGGAGAACCUUGGCGGUGUUGGAUAUCUUGAGAACGAAGAUCCACUAUUCAAUAUUGCGCGAAUCUUUAGAGAUGCGUGCGUUUUGAGCAUCUGGGAAGGAACCACAGAUAUCAUGGCCGACGACGUCGUCCGCGUAGUCAAGGGAAGAGAGGGUCCGCAAUGCCUGGCAGUCUUAGGUGCUUGGGUCUCAAAUGCACUAAACGUAUCCAAUUCCAAGGGAUUCCACAAUGAAGCCCGACAGCUCCAGCGGGUAUGGGAGCAGUGGCUUACGGGCGUCAAUAACAAGGAUAAGGAGCAGCUGAAAUGGGAGGGGCGAAAUUAUCUGCGGGACCUCGAGCAUGUGGUUUGUGGCUGCCUCCUGAUUUUGGAUGCAUCAAGAGAUCAGGAUGACAUUGCGCGAGAGAUUGCCCGGCGCUGGAUCCUUGGAGACGAUGCUUCGCAAGGGUCUUGGAAGGCACAAGCUGCAUGGGAUAAGCGCAUUGUAUUUGGCGCUGAGCCCAGAAACUCCCGAUUGUGA